UCUGUAGCUACUGAUGAAUGUGCAUGGUACUCCUGUGUGAUGAUAAUGCAGAGGGAAAGGCAGGAUUGGCUGAGAAAAUUGCUUAGACCGUAAGAUGCUUGAACAGCUGCUUGGAAUAACAAGCUCUCUAUUGUAUGUGUGUCUGUGCAUAUGUGUGAGUGUGUGCAUUUCUGUACGAGUGCAGCAAUGACAGUCACUUUAAAAUUAUGCAAGGUUUCCCCAGUUUGCAUAAUUUUCCUCCUCUAGGAGUGAGGACUUGCCUAGCUGUGGGCUCUGUCUGGAGACAGGUGAAGCGUCCGAAUUGAAUUAGUGCUGUAGCAAUUUUAUGAAUGAAGCCAAAGGCAGGUUGGGUGGCAGAGGAGCAGAGCAGGCAGUCACGGUGUGCUGAGCAGUCCCCAGCAGGAGCUGUCACGCCAGGGAACCGCACGGACGCGCAGAGGCACAGACCUGCUACAAGUGCCCGGAACACAAAGUGAGGCAGCUGCAAGAAAACAGCACCUGGGCCAUGGAAACAUGCUCCUGAAAAUGAGCUAUCGCAAAUCCAACUGAGCUUGCUAGCUGCGUGUGUGACCAUCUCUGGGCUUAGCUGGAGCAUCCCAUGCAGAGCCAUUCAUUUCCAACCAACGUGCCAGCACUCGUGCGGCAGAGGAGCAGGCAGAGCUCCCCGAGCACCCGCAUCUCCUUCAUGUGUGACACUUUUGCUGCCAGCACAGCUCGUAUGUGAACAUCGAUAAAGCAGAAGAUGAGGGAGCAAGCUGGUGCCUGGACAGGACCGCACAGCACAGCAGGGGAGGGAGGAGGCAGAUUUGGGAUUUGGGUUUGCAAGGUCCUAGAAAUGGUCGAGGAUGCUGGUGAAGCUGCUGCAGACCAGCCCGAAGGAAUGACAUCCCAAAGGAGCACUGACCACUGCAGGACCACGCUUCAUCUCUCCCCCUCGGAUGCCUGUACCUAAGGGGCUUGGAUGGCAGAUGGGCUCUGUGUAUUUUCUCUUCUUUUUUUGCACUCCUAUCCCAGUUGUUAGGCGAGGAGAAGUCUCCCUCUGCACUGGACUGCGUUCUUUUAUGCGGAUUUUUUGCAUGACAUCUCCAUAGCACCGAUCACCCACAGCAGGUGGUAAUGGGAGGAAGAGAAGAUGAGGGCAAGUCACGAAGAGGAUGAACACUGUCCACCCUCUAGUGCUAUAGAGGUCGCUGCCAGGGUCUUUGACACAAGGGCAGUGGGAGGAGGGCCUGGGGCUGUAAUCCUGAUGCCAAGGAGUAAGUGGGAGGAAAAGGGCAAAGGAGUCACAGCUGGUGUGGAGGUAAAGGGACGCCGAACUCACUGGGAAAACCUGCAAAACUUAGCAAAUUCCCAGGAUAAAACAACCUGCCCAGUGGAACGAGGCAGAGGGAAGUCUCUGCCUGCUGAGCCCAGCACCCCCUCUCACAACGUUUUCCAAACAAAGAGACAGUUUGAGCUCCACAAAAUACACAGCGUGAACGCACUUCUGUGUGCACUGACCUUUCAGUUGGCACAGGCUUUUGGUAUGCCUUAACAUUUGGAAAUUUUAUCUGCCUCUUCAGUGUUUCUCUCAGUGGAGAAUGCAGAUCUUCCUUGGAUGAGACCCCGCUAAGAAAUGGUUCACCAUCUCCCAGCAGAGGCAUUUCUCAGAGCAGAAAGAACAGAUCUUCAGACCCCUGUGGCAUGAACAAAGCCUCUGGCGUUAAAAGGCCAGGAGGAUGUCCCUAACCGACGAACUGGAGAGCCAUUUUUCUGCAACCCCCUACAUGGUGACAGACACAAGUGAGGGCAGCCUGUUCAGAAUCAGACCCAACGCCUCCAUCAAUGCCACCGGAGACGGCAUGCCAGCCUCCAGUUCCAUGGAGGACAUGAUCGCCAUCUGCACCAUCGGGACGAUCCUCUCCCUCAUGUGCGUGAUCGGGGUGACAGGCAACGUCUACACCUUGCUGGUGAUGUGCCAUUAUUUGCGGUCAUCUGCCUCCAUGUAUAUUUACAUCAUCAACCUUGCCCUGGCAGACCUGCUCUACCUUCUAACCAUCCCCUUCAUUGUUGGGACCUACUUCAUUCAGAAAUGGUACUUUGGGGACAUUGGCUGCCGCAUCCUGUUCAGUCUGGACUUCCUCACCAUGCACGCCAGCAUCUUCACCCUCACAGUCAUGAGCACGGAGCGCUACUUUGCUGUGCUGAAGCCCCUGGACACAGUGAAGAGGUCCAAGAGUUACCGAAAGGCCAUUGCUGUUGUCAUCUGGCUGGUAUCGCUGCUGCUCACUCUUCCCAUGCUCAUCAUGAUCCAGCUGGUGCAAAGGGACAACAAAAGCAUCUGCCUGCCCACUUGGAGCAAGCUGUCCUACAAAGUCUAUCUCACCAUCCUCUUCGGUACCAGCAUUGUGGGCCCGGGGGUAAUCAUUGGCUACCUUUACAUCCGAUUAGCUAAGAUUUACUGGGUGUCGCAAACAGCAUCCUUCAAGCAGACCAAGCGGCUGCCGAAUCAAAAGGUGCUCUAUUUAAUCUUCACAAUAGUGCUGGUGUUCUGGGCUUGCUUCUUGCCUUUCUGGAUAUGGCAGCUCCUCUUCCAGUAUUAUGAAUCCUUCCCUUUAUCUCCCAAGGUGAUGAAGAACAUUAAUUAUCUGACAACCUGUCUGACCUAUAGCAACAGCUGUAUCAACCCUUUCCUCUACACCCUGCUCACCAAAAACUACCGGGAGUACCUGAAGAACAGACAGCGGUCCCUUAGCAGCAGCAGUGGGUACUUCCAAAGGAGGAAUCGGUUUCAGAGGAUUUCAGGGCGAUCCCUGUCCACGAGCAGUCAGCACUGCACAGAGACAUACGUUCUUGCUCACGCUCCUUUGGGAAACAGCAGUGCCUGAAGGUAAAAUACAUCUCCGAGAGCAAUCAAUAUUGACUUCAAUGUUGCUUUGAUUUAAAGUGUACCUUGUAAAGGCAAAGCCUUAGCAGAUCCAUAACGUGCACACAUUUAGUCCAGAGGCUGUGCCAUAUGUCCGUUCUUAUUUUCUUAUGUGCCACUGAUUUGAUGCUAGCAACAUUCGGCUGCACAUCUACCUAAAUAGCCUUUUGCUUUUUAUCUUUCUAUUUUAUAGUGUAUGUCUCCUCAAGUAGCCAUCAAUAACGACAGCCUAUAAAUAGGGCCAUGGUUUUUAAUCUUAUCAGCUGUCUCACAGAGUUUAAAAUUAUGUUAUCCCGUGAAUGGCUGUAGUUUGCUCUUUCUUUUCUUUAGCAGUAAUGCUAAAAUUGUAGUUGUAUAAGGACUGAAAACAGUGAAAUAAA